AUGAUAGAUCAUUUAAUUUUUUUUGGCUCACUUUUGCUGUUAAGGACAAUUUCUCCAUUUCCUUUAUCUGAUAAUAUUAAUAUUGUUGAUUCUAAUGAAAAAAUUGAAUUUGAAUCAAAGGAUGAAAAUGUGUUAUCAGUAGAUUUUGGUAAGAACAACACUAUACAGGAUGUUGAAAAAAAACUUGAUAUUAUUCAGGAAAAUAUCGAAAAAUCAUUACACGAUGAUGGAGAUACAAUUGAUGUUGAAGUAGAACAUGAUAUAAUUAAUGAUAUAAUUAUAGAACCAACUUCUAUAUUAUCUCAUUUUCCAAAUGAUGAAAAUGAUAUGACUACAAAUUCCUCAUCAAAUUUAAUUAAUGUAACAUUAGAAGAUGAUGGAAUUUCACAACUUUCAAAUGAUGACGAAUCAUUGUCAAAUGACAUUUUUUCAGGUGCAAAUUUAACUAAUAACAUUAAAACAUCUAUUGUCCAAACAACAUCUAAAAAUAAUAUUCACAAAACUAUAGAAAAAAGCUUGAUAAAUAAUAAAGAUAAGUCGUGGUGGACAAGGUUUAUGGCAGGAAUAAGAUGUGCAUUAAAAGAUUGCUCCAAACUUCAUGAAAUUUUAGGUUUGGAUGAAGAAAAAAACGUUAGAGGUAUUUUUGAAGGUUCUUAUAUGAAGAAAAUGCUUUGA